AAAAAACACGAGUUAUUUUAUUUCCUCCGCCCGCUCUUUUAGUAUACACGUUAAUUUGCACCUGAUUGAUUCUAUCCAAUAGCCUAGAUCGAUUUGGAUGAUCCUUCCCCUCCCCACCUAGGCCCCUCCACCUUAUUUAUGGAGAAAAUUGAUUCUUUGCUUAAUUAAUUCUCUAAGGAAAUAAUUAAUUUGCAAAUCUAGCCACGCAAUUUGUGCCGAGCAAUUUUGCUAGUGUGAACUAAUCCCACUUUCCCCGAGUCAACUUAUGAAUCUAAUCCCACUUUCCCCAAGUCAACUUAUGAAUCGAACCGCGUCAAUCAGUUUUUUUUUUAGAGAAACCGCGUCAAUCAGAUUGUCUUACUGCUUCCAAAAUAGGCAUUGGCUCCUGCUGUUUCCGGUGAAUUUCCGGAAAGAUACGCUAGGAGGGAGUGUGCCUUUUGGCUCAGCAGAUCUGCACAGCUAAUGCUUCCACACGACACAUGUCCAGCAGAUAAUGCCGCACAGAUCAUCCCAUUACCGGAGCAAAAGUUGGAAACUUGUCCAGCCAGCCCACCAUUUGGCUGUUUCCAAUAGAUGCGUCAGCCUUCCAGCGUCACACUCCAGCAAGUAGCGCGCAAAAAUACGCGCGACGAGCGUGCGACAGCGGCAAAAUCCUCGCCGGGGACGCAGCGGCCCAGUGCUGCAAGACGUGACCCGAAACGAGGCCGCGGCGGGAUCGCGAGGAUAUUCCGCUCCCUAGCGGCAGGGGACUGAGGUGAUAAGCACCGAGGAUCACUGAGCGAUGGACUCGUGAUACGCCGAUCGGUUGGCAGGCGCCGAUAAACGAGGCAGGUCAGUUGAUCCUUAUCCUAUCACCUGCCGCGCGCCGCCCGCGCUUGGUGACAUGGCUGAGGUGAUGGAGGACAGGGGCGACCAGUGGUCGCUGCUCCCGCCGGAGCUCCUGCACCUCAUCUACCGGAAGCUGCCGGACACAGGCGACUUCCUCCGGUUCCGCGCGGUCUGCAAGGCGUGGCGCGAUGGCGCGCCGGUGUCCGACCAGCCGCCGCAGCUCCCUUGGAUCCUCGAGCACCGCGGGACCGGGCUCCAGGCGAGGCAGCAGCUCCGCUUCUACUCCCACAGCUCUGGCAGGAUGUACAGCGUCCGCGCGGGCGGGCGCUCCUGGCUCCUCGCGAGCGGCGCGUGCCAGGGCCAUGCCGUCGCCACCGUCGACCUCUCCAGGACGGUGAUGUACAACCCCUUCACCGGCGAGGGCCGGGCGCUCCCGCCGGCGCCGUACAAGCCGUGGCACGAUGGCGUCUUCCACGUGGUGGACGACGGCGAGGCUGGAUGCCUGGUGGUGAACACCUCCGCGAAGACGCGGCGCUUCGCGUACUGCCGCCCCGGGGUGGACGCGGGGUGGAACGUAUUCGACGGGCGCGAGGACAUGCGCCACAGCGCGUACCACGGCGGGAGGUUCUUCGUCAACACGGCCGCCGGGGAGACGUUGGCCAUCGAGGCCGCCACAUGCGCCGUCGAGGCCGUGGUGCCGCCGCCGCCCGGGGAGAACUUCGCCACCGCACGGGGCGACUUCCUGGUGGGGUCGCGCGGGAAGCUUCUCAGGGCCGUCCAGCACCCACGCGACGGGAACCAGGCCGCGUCGGCAGCGGACUACUACGUCAACAUGUACCAGCUGGACGUGCGCGGCGGCGGGAAGGCAGCGUGGAGUAAGGUGGAGACCAUCGGGGACGCCGUGCUCUUCUUCGACGACCACGGCCACGGGUUCUCGCUGGAGCCCAACGACGCGGCGGGGCUGAGGCGGGACUGCGUCUAUUUCGUGCACGAGAAGCGGACGUGGGUGGAGUUCUGUGAGUACCGAUUCCUGUGCCGGUACAGUAUGAAGGACGGAAGGGUUGACAAGACCGUGCAGCUGGCCGACACGUUCGGGAACACCUGGGUUGUCCCUAGCUUGUGAAGCUCGGGUAGGCGGCGUUGGUUUCUGCGGUGGUCAGAUUAUUGAGUUUGUCGUAGCUAGCUGCUUAGGAUGAUUAGCCUGAAAAACAAGGACAGGCCUUGGAUCUUCUGUACGAGUCAUGUCGGUAACGUUAUACUAAAUGUGCAUGCCUUUUAAUUUAGAA